AUGGAUUUUUCCGACUACAGUUCAAGAAGUUCUUCUUCAGCUGCUUCGUACUCCGACUUCGAUGAGACAAGUGUCGAACAACAGAAUGAAUUUGACAAUGUUGCAGUUGACAAUGAGCACUACGACAUCAUUUCCUUCACAGCCCUAGUUUCCCAGUUUAUUGAAACGGCGGGAUUGACGGCACUAUUGAUAAACAUGGUCCAUAUCACCCCAAGCAACAUCCAAUUGUCCGAGAAACGACGGAAGGGGUCAUACUUUUCAGUCUCUCUGAUAAGUCGACAAGAGUUUCAGCGAACUUUGCCAGAGGGGAUUGCCGACAUUGCACUCCCCCAACUAAUAGCUGUCAAGACACCAAUACUCGACCAGGUUCUGCAGCCGUAUGAGAAUCGACAAAUCUUUGCAUCGAUGAUGAAGGAAUAUCAAGUUCUUAACCACAAAUCUAUCAGAAAACACAAAAACAUCGUUAGACUCCUUAGCUGCUGCUGGAGAACUGUUGAUGUAGAUACAGAUCAUGUGAUCCCAAACCUGGUUCUUGAGGGCACCUCGUUGGGUGAUCUUGAGGCCUUCUAUCGAUUAUCUCAUGAAAAGAUUUCCAUGCGCAGGCGCCUCGGCCUCUGCAUCGAUAUUGCAAAGGGGGUUGAGGCUCUGCAUUUGGCUGGCGUUGUGCAUGGCGACAUCAAGCCGCAGAAUAUAUUGGUCUUCAAGGAUAAGCACCAAGGUUUCGUCGCCAAGAUAGCGGAUUUUGGGGCUUCAACGUUUAUUGACCACGACCAAUUUCCCAGAAAGGCAUUUAUUGGCACACCUGCCUUUACUGCUCCUGAAUGUCUCGACCACAAGGCGGAAUUCAGCGAACAAGGCCUGCUUAAAGCUGACAUAUUCGCACUGGCGAUUACUCUGUUAUUUUUGGUCAGAGGCCCCUUUAUUUUGGACAAGCUACUCGCCGCAUCUGUUUCGGAACCAGAUAAUCUGACACAAUACAAACGCCUAGGAGAAUUGAAUGGCUGGCUCAACCGCGACGAACGAAUUCUACCAUCUACCCAAGCGGCGCGCAAGAAAUUCGGAAAUGAUGCUUUAGAGCGAAUGCGCCAACAAAGUGUGUGGAAUUGGUUUAAUAAACAAACCGAUCUCAUGAAGCAAGCACGGUUUGAAAUGACGUCUCAACGACAAAAGGUGCUUGAAGACAUCAGCGGAAAUUGGAAAACAUUAGAGAAGGUUACACUGCAAAAUGAACGAUGUGAGAAUAUUUUCAGCCGUCUCAUUGAUCAGAUGACGUCUGGAGAGCCUCUGAUGCGAAUUGGAUCAAUGUGUCAUAUUGUAAGGGCUCUUCAGCAAGUUCUUCGCUUGGAACUACAUGAUCUAUCCCAAAUCAACCCAGCAGCUCGCGAGGAGCUGGAGAAUGUUGUUUCUAUCAUGAUGGGUCUCGAAGAACCACUGGAACACAAGCAUUCCAUGAAACUGGAGCUGAAUCUUCGAGAAAUAAACGACAGAGUUGUGCUUUAUCUGGAAAUUCGGAAGGAUAGCGAGCUUCCCGCAGAAAUGCCCACUAUAUCCCAAAUUCUUUCAUCGGAAACAGAAACCGUCAAAGAGGAAGAGUCAGUCUCCAUUCAUGAAGUCACAGAGUGCCAAGGUGGUAACUCACAUGUGGAAUACCUGUAA